GGAGGCGACAGUUUUGUUUACGAUCCGGUCGCGCUCGGUUCGUCCACCGCCGGUAAUCGGUCAAUAGUUUUUUUUGGUUUUUGGUUUUGGAUCACCACAAGAAACCAAUAGGGGAGCAUUGGGCGUCAGUGUGGGGCUCACAAACGCGUUUCGGUCUCAGUCGGCUUUGCCGCACGCUGUUAGUUCAGUAGCGACUGGUCAUCCCAGCAGGCCGGUUCGCGUUGUUCUUGGGGCGAGAGAGUGAAUAUAAGAUCGAAGAACAAGGCGCAAGACAACGAACGCGAAUCAAUCGGUGUUGUUAAGUGGAUUGGAAAACCGUUAAUAGGGAGUGCUGGGUGUGUUGUUGAUACAAAGUAUUAAGGGGCCACGGGCUGCCGUGAAGACGCAAAUUAGUAUUACCGGCGUUGUUGACAUUCGGAAUAAAUUGGAAACGAUGGCAACGCUGAAGAUUUUGACUCUGGCGCUCAUGGCAACACUGGUCAGCAGUGCCAGCGUUUCCACGGAGAACACCUACACCAGCUACCGAUUGCCAACGGCCUUCCGACCGGAACACUAUGGCCUGCAGGUGUUGACCCAUCUCGGAGACGAGAAGGGAUUCAUGUUUUCCGGACGAGUUCUGAUUCGGAUGCUUUGCGACGAGGACGCCAUGAACAUCACGCUUCACUCGAAGAACUUGACCAUCGCGGAAAAGGACAUCAAGCUGGUCGAACUCUCCGAUAGCGGAUCCAAGAGCAUGGACAUCAAGCGAGUGCAGUACAUUACCGACAACGACUACGUAGUGUUCCACACGAGCGAAUCCAUGAAGAAGGGCUACCGCUACGACAUCACCAUUCCAUUCGAGGGUGUCCUAGGCACGGGUCUUCUAGGAUACUACCGUAGCAGUUACGUAGAUCAGAAAUCCCAGAAGAAGAUCUGGCUGUCGGUAACGCAGUUCGAACCAACCUACGCCCGUCAGGCUUUCCCAUGUUUCGACGAACCGGAGAUGAAAGCCACGUUCGACAUCUCGCUGGGUCACCACAAGCAGCUCACCGCGUUGAGCAACAUGCCCAUGAACCGCUCCGAACCGAUGACGGCCAUCACGGAUUGGGUCAUGGAUCACUUCGGCACCACGGUCCCGAUGUCCACCUACCUGGUGGCGUACACCGUGAACGACUUCGAAUACCGCGAGUCCAUGACCAAGAUGGACGGCGAUGUGGUCUUCAAAAUCUGGGCCCGCCGCGAUGCCAUCGAUCAGGUUGACUACGCUCGGGACGUCGGACCUCGGGUAACUCGCUUCUACGAAGAAUACUUCGCCGAGAAGUUUCCCCUGCCCAAGAUCGACAUGAUUGCCAUUCCGGACUUCUCGGCCGGUGCCAUGGAGAACUGGGGCUUGAUCACCUACCGGGAGACCGCCCUGCUCUACCAUCCGAACAUCUCGACCGCCAACAACAAGCAUCGCGUGGCGUCGGUUAUCGCUCACGAACUCGCCCAUCAGUGGUUCGGCAACUUGGUUACCAUGAAGUGGUGGACCGAUCUGUGGCUCAAUGAAGGUUUUGCCACGUACGUGGCCAGCUUGGGCGUUGAAUAUCUGCACCCGGAGUGGCACUCCCUGGAGGAGGAAUCCGUCGACAAUACGCUGGGAAUCUUCAAGUUCGAUGCCCUGACCAGCAGCCACCCGGUUUCGGUCGAAAUCGGACAUCCCAACCAGAUCUCGCAGAUAUUCGACGCCAUCUCGUACGAGAAGGGAUCUACUGUUAUUCGUAUGAUGCACCUCUUCCUCGGCGAGGAAACCUUCCGCAACGGAGUUCGUCGAUACCUGAAGCUCCACAAGUACGCCAACGCUGAACAGAACGAUCUCUGGGCUGCGCUGACCGAGGAAGCCCGCAUCAACAAGGUGCUCCCCGAUGACGUCGACGUUAAAACCGUCAUGGAAUCUUGGACGCUCCAAACCGGUUACCCAGUGAUCACCGUCACCCGAAACUACGAAUCAUCCACGGCGGAGAUCACUCAGGUCCGCUUCCUGUCGGAUCGCGAACAGCAGGCCAACGCUACCGACUACUGCUGGUGGGUUCCGCUGACGUUCGUCACCUCGGAGAACCCCAACUUCGAGGACACCCGCGCCAAGGACUGGAUGAUGUGCGGCGCCGGUAAACUGCGUAAGGGACCGAUCAAGCAGCUGCAGAAGAUGCCUCCCGCAGAUCAAUGGGUACUGUUCAACGUACAGCUCGCCGGCCUCUACAAGGUCCGCUACGACAAAACCAACUACAAGCUGCUGAUCAAGCAACUGAACAGCGAAGAGUACUCCACGAUCAGCCUGGCGAAUCGUGCUCAGCUGAUCGAUGACGCUAUGGAUCUGGCCUGGACCGGUGAGCAGCAGUACGGCAUCGCCUUCGCCAUGAUCAACUACCUUCGCCAGGAGGUGGAAUACAUCCCCUGGAAGUCGGCCCUCUCGAACCUCAACGCGAUCAACCGACUGCUCAAACGCACCCCUAUCUACGGAGUGUUCCGAAGCUACAUCCAGUUCAUCGUUGAACCCAUCUACGAGAAGCUGCAGAUCUUCAGCGCAGAUCGAACCGUCAGUCAACGGCUGGACGCCACCAAACAGCUGGUUCAGAUCGCCGCCUGGGCCUGCAAGUUCGACGUCGGAGACUGCGUUGAGCGAUCGGUAGCUCUGUUCGCGAAGUGGAUGGCCGUCCAAGAUCCAGAGCUCUCCAACCCUGUCCCACGGGACCUCCGCUCCGUGGUGUACUGCAAUGCCAUGCGCAACGGCAAGGAAACGGAGUGGAACUUCCUGUGGCAACGCUACCUCAAGAGCAACGUCGGUUCGGAGAAGGUCAUGAUCAUCGGAGCACUGUCCUGCACUCGGGAAGUGUGGCUAGUCGAACGAUUCCUACUGUGGUCCUUGAACAGCACUUCCGGAGUGCGCAAGCAGGACACGACCAUCGUGUUCGGCGGUGUCGCCAAAAGCGACGUCGGUUUCCACCUGGCCAAGAGCUUCUUCCUCGAGAACGUCGAGGAGAUCUACAACUAUCUCUCUCCGGACACCUCCCGUGUGUCGCGCUUCAUCAAACCCCUAGCCGAGCAGAUGUCCUCGAUGAAGGAACUCCAGGAGCUGAAGGACCUGAUCGAGUCCAAGCGGACCGUGUUCGAAAAGGCCACCCAAGGGGUCAAGCAAGCGCUGGAAACCGUCGAGAUCAACCUGCAGUGGAAGUCGUACGGUUACACGCAGAUGACCCGGUUCCUGCCGCUGCUGAGCUACCGAUCCGGCAAUCUGGACGUGAUGGAGCUGCUGGAUUAAUGUAGGGGGUGAGAGGGAUCGGUAUUUGUUUUUAGUCGCCUAGUUUGACACAGCUCUCGUUGUUUUUAACACUCGCACAAAGCGAUCGCGCGCAUUUUUGUCGUUGUACUUUUUAGCCAUUUUGAACAAUUGAAAUAAAAAUUUUGUGAAAAAUUG